AUGCUUACCAACAUUUCUUGUAGACGCUGUGGUGAACUAGAGACGGCGGAUCACAUCUUCCUCCACUGUGCGUUCACACGUCGAAUCUGGUCAGCAAGUAUCUGGAGAAACGAGUUCAUACUGACAGAUACAUCUACUCUUGCAACAAUUUUUCUGGAGUCAGCGAACUACAUCAACCUUCCGCCAUUAGGAAUCAAAGAAACGAUCUUCCCAUGGAUUUGCUGGGCAAUUUGGACAGCAAGGAACUACCUUAUCUUCGAGAACAGGAAUUUUGAACCUACUGAUAUUCUCUCCAAAGCCAUUGCUAACGCCCGGGAAUGGAAUGCAUCGCAACUACCAGGCCUUGAUCCUCCUAUCGCACGGAAUCCUCGAUUACCACCGACACUCACGAUCACCACUGAACCGGCCUGCUUCACUGACGCAGCCUGGCACUCGUCCACGAACAGAGCAGGGUGUGGCUGGUAUAUCCUAACACCUGAGAAGACUAUCACUCUACAAGGCACCCGUAUGUUUGAACACAUCUCAUCACCUCUGAUGGCUGAAGCACUCGCCAUCCGGUCAGCCCUCCUCCACGCCCUCGACGCUGGAAUCACUUUAAUCUGCAUCAAGUCAGACUGUCAGGCACUCAUCAAUGCCCUCUCCUCGAAGUAUCACUCGGCGGAUAUCUACGGAAUCAUUCGGGACAUCGAGGCUCUAUCUUAUCGUUUUUCUCGCAUUUCUUUUAGUUUCAUUCCGCGAUCACAAAACUCUAUGGCUGAUACUUUAGCCAAAUCUGCUAUGUACUCUGCUUUCCCCAACUAG